UUCUGUUAUCAGCUGUUUCAGACUGGCGUGAUUUUGAGAAGUUUCAUCAACAACUCUGCAUUAAAACUCUUGUAAACUUGUUUGAUACUGAUAAAAAAAACUUGAAAAAUAAAGCAAUGAGUCGGCCUCUGAUCAAUUGUAAAAUUGGUCCCUCAAUUCUAAAUGCUGAUUUAUCAGAAAUUUAUGCUGAGUCUCAGCGACUGUUGGAUUCAGGAGCUGAUUAUUUACAUUUAGAUGUAAUGGACGGUCAUUUUGUGCCUAAUUUAACUUUUGGACAUCCCGUUGUGAAAUGCUUGAAAAAGAAGCUUCCUCAAGCUUUUUUUGAUAUGCAUAUGAUGGUUGCUGAUCCUGAGAAAUGGAUUGAGCCUAUUGCAGAUGCUGGAGCUGAACAGUACACUUUUCAUAUUGAAGCUGCAGCUGAUCCUUUGCAAGUAAUCAGGAAGAUUAAAGAAGCAGGAAUGAAGGCAGGUGUUGGGUUGAAACCUGGAACAUCAGUUGAAAGUGUUGUUCCGCUGAUUGAACAUGUGGAUCUAGUUCUUAUAAUGACCGUAGAACCUGGCUUUGGAGGACAAAAAUUCAUGACAGAUAUGAUGUCUAAGGUGGAAUACCUUAGAUCAACUUACCGUAAUCUUGAUAUUGAAGUGGAUGGUGGUGUGGGUCCAAACACCAUUGAACUUUGUGGAAAGGCAGGAGCCAAUCUCAUUGUAUCAGGUACUGCCAUUACAGCAAGUGAUGAACCUAAGCAAGUUAUAUCAUACUUAAGAAAAUCUGUUGAAGAAUCUCUUCUGAAAUUUCAUCCUUAAGACUGACUUGGUCUUUUUGUUUUUAAAUUGUAAUUUAUAUAUUUAUACAAAGUUUUUUGAAAAAUGUGUUUUGCAAUAAAUAUUUUUUGCA